AUAUCGCCAUGUGAUACUUCAUUUUUGCUUGCUCGUUCUUGUGCCCCCUUCUUUUCCUCCAUUACAGAAUCGAUAAGCUUCCUUUCUAGCUCUUAGACGCUUGGAGCAACCUAGUCGCUAGAUGCCUCUCUUUUGGUCAACGUUGGCUGCAAUCUCGCCAUUCCUCUUCCAUCGAGCAAUUCUCAUCACUGUUUGCUGCAAUCCAGUAGUUCAAGUUCUACUUUGUGUUCGAUGGAAAAGGGUUCAGAGAGUUUAUCACGGGAUGAAUUGAUGGGGUUUAUAGUUGAUGACUCUUUUGAUGGGGAAAAAAGUUUUCUACCGUUUGACCUCUCCAAAGAGGCUUUUAAGUUUCUCAAUGGGUCAUGAUACUAAGAACAGCGCUGAUAAUCAAAUUCAACUUUGGGCACCUUCUUUGGGAGAGAUGGUGCGUUUUUCUCUUGAGAAAACAACGUCCUACGUUAGCAACAUAUAUGCAUCAUCUAGCCAUAUGGAAGAGGUACACAAACAGCUAAACGAUGAACUGGAGUGCCUAAAUACUCUAAAAAGUGACUGUGACGGCCAAGUAUUAGCAGCUUGGAAUAAGCGUACAACUAAUGAGUACAACUUGUGGACGAAGAAAGUGGAAGAACUGAACGAUCAAGUGGCUGACCUGAACAAGUAAUAUGACAGGUUAGAUACCGUGGAGAAAUGGCGUUAUUGGAAGCGAUCUAGUCUCAGUGCAAAUAUGGAAAUAAAGUUUAAGGUAGUUCGAAGGCUUAUAAAACGACGCCCACAAAAUUUUCUAGUUGACAGUACUGAUGACCAUGAUCCAUCUUAUUAUAUUUAAUACUCUUUUUAAUAUUUGAUCAUAAAUCAAUUGCGUGAACUUUUGUUCUAGUAAUAAAAUAUGAAAGGAUCAAUGGAUA